AUGAUAGACAAGUUCCUCAUGUGUCGCAAUGCUGCUCGCCCCCUUUCCCGGUACUUUGUCACACAAGGGUCUCAGACUCGUCAUUUCCAUCAGAUCACCACGGAUUUCAUCACCCAAGAUAGGACAGGCAAAUUGGUCUCUAAGAAGGUUCCCGUGGUUCUAGGGAACCCCGGGCAAGCUUAUGUAUUGAUCCCACCACCCGUUGGAGAAGCUUUUCGUGAUGCCAGCUCUACAGCAGCGACGCAAGACCGGUGUAGAGUGUCAUUUUUCCAUGACACGCAGCACUUCGGCCUCGGUAAGGCUCUCGCAUAUUUAGGCGAAUCAUAUGGAUUCAACGCUAAUGCAUAUAUAGCCGAGUUUGCCGAACGAUCCAGCGCUACUGGACAAUACCUAAAGCCCGUCCUUGAUCAACUGGAGCAUAUGUGA